AGAAGAAGCAUAUCAUGUCUAUAACAGGAGUCUCGGAACCCAAUAGAAUGUCGAAGAAGUCGUUCCAUCUAAGGAACGACUCCGGUGAGCUUGAUGUCUUCGAAGCUGCUCGGUAUUUCUCGGGGUACAACGACGUAGCCAGCUAUAAUUGUGCAACAUUCUCUCAGAAAAUGAUGGGCAGGGUCAGUUUGGAUGUACAAAUGACCACGAGGAACCCUCUUCCUCAACAAGCUCAUGUGGUGGAUAAGCAAAUUAAGGAUAAGAAAUAUAAGCAACCGAGCUCUCCGGGUGGAAGGCUUGCUAGCUUCUUGAACUCUCUUUUCAAUCAAACGGGUUCGAAGAAGAAGAAAUCGAAAUCGACCACACAGUCCAUGAAAGAUGAAGAAGAGUGCCCUGGUGGGAGAAGGAAGAGGAGGAGCAGUAUUAGCCAUUUUCGGAGCUCGAGAACAACCGAUACGAAGUCGUUUUAUUCGUCCUCGAGCUCCGGUUUCAGGACACCUCCUUCCUAUGCACAUACUCCUACGAAGAUCAACAUUGGACGGACAAAACCAACGGUUUUACAAAACGCUGUCAUUGGUGACAAAAGAAAUACAAAUACAACAGACUACUCUUGGUUGGAUGAGAAAUUGAAGUAUAAUAAUGGCUACUCGGCGAAACACAUGAAUCUCGGUACUCGUCAUCGGAAUCGGUGUCCAUUGGAUGAGAAAGGAAUCGGGAGAUUCAACGAGACCGAGACCAACGAUGGUGUAGAUAGUGAUUCGAGCUCUGAUCUCUUCGAGUUGCCUGUGUAUGAAACUACUCAUAUGGAAAUCAUCAAGAGGGGUGCAACAAUUUCCAAUGGUGCCCUAUGAGAG